AUGGAAGGUGACUCGCAAUCAUCAGUGUAUAAAGUGGUUAGUCUCUCUCUCUCUCUCUCUCUCGCAGUCAUCAACCCUCGACUCUCCUGGUUACGGGCAGCCUCGACUCUCCUGGUUACGGGCAGCCUCGACUCUCCUGGUUACGGGCAGCCUCGACUCUCCUGGUAUGGGCAGCCUACUCUCCUGGGCAGCCUCGACUCUCCUGGUUACGGGCAGCCUCGGCUCUCUCCUGGUUACGGGCAGCCUCGACUCUCCUGGUUACGGGCAGCCUCGACUCUCCUGGUUACGGGCAGCCUCGACUCUCCUGGUUACACGGGCAGCCUCGACUCUCCUGGUUACGGGCAGCCUCGACUCUCCUGGUUACGGGCAGCCUCGACUCUCCUGGUUACGGGCAGCCUCGACUCUCCUGGUUACGGGCAGCCUCGACUCUCCUGGUUACGGGCAGCCUCGACUCUCCUGGUUACGGGCAGCCUCGACUCUCCUGGUUACGGGCAGCCUCGACUCUCCUGGUUACGGGCAGCCUCGACUCUCCUGGUUACGGGCAGCCUCGACUCUCCUGGUUACGGGCAGCCUCGACUCUCCUGGUUACGGGCAGCUCUGUAUUAA